AUGGAUGGGUUUUACUCCUCCGCAGAAGGAGAUGAGCAGGAGGUGAUCAAUGCCACCAGCACCAGGAAGAGCUGGGCAGGUGAAGGCAACUCCAACUUGUCCUUCCGUGUGGUGACAGCCUCCUUACUCUUCCUUCUCAUCCUCUCCACGCUGCUGGGCAACACCCUGGUGUGCGUGGCCGUGGCCAAGUUCAGACACUUACGCUCUAAACUCACCAAUUUCUUCGUCAUCUCCUUGGCAGUCUCCGACCUCUUGGUGGCCCUGCUGGUGAUGCCCUGGAAGGCUGCUGCUGAGGCCGUGGGGUUUUGGCCCUUUGGGGCUUUCUGUGAGGUUUGGGUGGCUUUUGAUAUCAUGUGCUCCACAGCCUCCAUCCUCAAUCUGUGCAUCAUCAGCGUGGAGCGUUACUGGGCCAUCUCCAACCCCUUCUGCUACGGGAGGAAGAUGACAUCACGGGUGGCUUGUGGCAUGAUCGGGGGGGCUUGGCUGCUGGCCCUCCUCAUCUCCUUCAUCCCCGUGCAGCUCGACUGGCACAAGGAUCAAGAGCUCCUCAGCCAACAGGAGACAGGUUUUAACGUCCCCAGGGAGGAGGGGAGCUGUGACUCCAGGCUCAGCAGGACUUACGCCGUCUCCUCUUCUCUCCUCAGCUUCUACAUCCCCGUGGCCAUCAUGGGCCUCACGUACACCCGCAUCUUCCACCUCACCCGGCGCCAGAGCCGCAGGAUCUCCUCCCUGGAGAGGGCCCAAAAAGGGCCCUGGGGGGCUCCUGGAGAGGAACACCCCCCAAACUGCCACAGCGGCCACGGCCCUCACCAGCCCUCCCUGAGGAACUCCUUCCAGAAGGAGACCAAGGUCCUCAAGACCUUAUCCAUCAUCAUGGGUGUCUUUGUGUGCUGCUGGCUGCCCUUCUUCGUGCUCAACUGCGUGGUGCCCUUCUGUGCCCGUGGGGAGCCAGCAGAGCCACCCUGUGUCAGCGAGACCGUCUUCAACAUCUUCGUCUGGUUUGGGUGGGCCAACUCCUCCCUCAACCCAAUCAUCUACGCCUUCAACGCCGACUUCAGGAGAGCUUUUGCAACCCUCCUGGGCUGCAGCCACCUCUGCCCCAGCCACGCCGUGGAGACCGUGAACUUCAGCAACGAGCUGGUCUCCUACCACCAUGACACCACCUAUCAGAAGGACGUGGUGACCCUCAGCUACCCCCAGCUUCUCCCCCACGCUGCUCUGCAGAUGGACAGCAACGAGGUGUCCUCUAAUGAGGUCUCCCAGGACUCUGGGCCCCCUCAGGAUGCCUUCCCCGUGGUGGCACACGUGCAGUGUGAAACUGCUGUCUCCCUGGAGAAGGUGGCACCUUUCACCAGCAACACAUCCCACUGA